AUGAACUCGAACAACCGAUCAGCGAUGAAUACUGCACUCAAGCGGCUCAUGACCGAGGCAAGUCGACGACGACGACGACGACGCGACAGACCUUCAACCUCUUUGGCCACUCACGUGCUAUCCUGACCGAUCUAUCUACCGAUUCGCUCCACAGUACAAGCAGUUGACCGCAUCAGAGAACGAGGACAGCAUGUUCACCGCGGGCAAGUCCCAUACACCCCUUUCGUCGCCAUCGGCUCGUCCAGUCGCGUGCCUCUGCCGCACCCGACCACGGCGGCCCACGUACCGGUGUGCGUCACUCAUCACCCCUCAGCCUCUCUCUCUCUGCGAUCUCACAGGCCCCAUCUCGGAGAACGACUUUUUCAUCUGGUCCGCGUUGAUCCAAGGCCCUUCGGAAACACCGUUCGAAGGUGGCGUCUUCGAGGCCGAAUUGACCUUCCCACGCGACUACCCGCUCAGCCCGCCCAAGGUGAGCAACACGUCAGGCACACUCGAGGGCUGACCACGACCGCCGUGAGCUGAUGACUGGUCUGCUUCCACCUUUGCCCCGCUCCCGCUCAUGUUGUCGUGGACGUGCUGCGUCGCCACGCGCCGCCUCUGCUGCCUUUGUUCAACGACGCCGAAACUCCGACUUGGCAUUCGGGUCAUCUUUCGGCACCCAUAGAUGAAGUUCACACCACCCUUGUUCCACCCCAAUAGUCAGUCAAAAUUUCAAAUCCUGUUGAAUCACCCAUUCACAUGAACCGGCAUCGUCUUCCCCUCCCCCAGUCUAUGCCUCGGGAGAUGUCUGCAUCUCGAUCCUCCACGCCCCCGGCGACGACCCCAACGCGUACGAGUCCUCGUCCGAACGAUGGUCCCCCGUCCAAUCCGUCGAAAAGAUUCUCUUGUCCGUCAUCAGCAUGCUCGCAGGUACGUCCAGCCCAACUUCCCCCAAAGCACCUUGAUCCGAGCUAGCAGAGACUGAUCCGGGUUUUCCACUCGCAGAACCGAAUAUCGAGUCCGGCGCCAACAUUGACGCAUGUGCAAGUUCUCUCCUUCUCACGCACUCUGUCACUCGAUACGAUACUAACAGCUCAUCAUUUUUCCCUCUCCAGAAACUUUACCGAGACGACCGCGAGGCGUACGACGACAUGAUCCGCCAACACGUUAGGCAACAACUCGACCUGUGA